AUGGAGGAACAAAAUCCCCAAACCCAAAGACUACUCCAUUACUGGGGCAACACCCCUGAAGAAGAGUACUACGCACAGCAGGGAAUCACAUCCACCAAAUCCCACUUCACCUCCCCCCGAGGCCUCACCCUCUUCACCCGCACGUGGCGGCCGCUUCCCCCCACGCGCCCACGCGCCGUCGUCUGUAUGGUCCACGGCUACGGCAACGACGUCAGCUGGACUUUCCAGGCCACCCCGAUCUUCCUCGCCCAAAACGGCUUCGCCUGCUUCGCCCUCGACCUCGAGGGCCACGGCCGCUCCGACGGCCUACGCGCCUACGUCCCCAGCGUCGACGGCGCCGUCGACGACUGCGCCGCUUUCUUCAGCUCCGUCCUGGCCCAAGAUCCGACCUUUGAGAACAUCCCGAAAUUCCUGUUCGGAGAAUCCAUGGGCGGCGCGAUUUGCCUGCUGAUUCACUUCAAAAUCCCAGAUCUGUUCAAAGGCGCAAUCUUGAUCGCGCCCAUGUGCAGGAUUUCCGACAAGGUAAAGCCAAGAUGGCCAAUCCCAGAAAUUUUAACCUCGAUUUCCAGAUUUGCCCCUACGCUGCCGAUAGUUCCCACUGCCGAUUUGUUGGAUAAAUCGGUGAAAGUGCCGGAGAAGAAAAUCGUGGCGGGAUCGAAUCCGAUGAGGUAUCGGGGAAAGCCGAGGUUGGGGACAGUGGUUGAGCUUAUGAGGGUGACGGAUUACGUCAGCAGUAGGUUGAGUGACGUGAAGUUGGGAUUUAUCGUGCUCCAUGGGGACAGUGAUGUUGUUACGGAUCCUGAGGUUAGUCGGGAGUUGUACGAAAGAGCUGAGAGUGAGGAUAAAAGCCUGAGGAUUUAUGAAGGGAUGAUGCAUUCUCUGCUGUUUGGGGAGACGGAUGAGAAUGUUGGGAUUGUGAGGGCUGAUAUUUUGAAGUGGUUGAAUGAUAGGUGUUGA